CCGAGGCAGGUCAGUAUGAAUGCAGUGUGUCUGCCCUGCGCUGGGUUUGUAAGGACAAGGCCAGCUUCAAGUAUCAGUUUUGUUCAUGGGAUGAACAAAGAGAGAAGCCUUCAUGCAUGGAUUACAUGCCAGCAGGACCCCUACUGGACAUCAAAGUCACAGCUGGGAACUUUGAGGAGUUGCAUCUGCCACACUGGAUAGAUCACAACACUACAACGUCAGACAUGUUUGCAGUUCUACACGUGGAUACCUGUGGUGAUAUUGUGGAACAAGUGUCUGAUGUGACAUCGUCCCACGUCAAGUUACGCCAGACAACUUUCUCUCCAAGGGGGGUCAUGAUGAAACUCGGCUUCCCAGUAAAGGUUUACUGUGACGUGUUAAUAUACAAGACAAAAAAGGAAUUCCUCACACUGCAUGUUUACCUGGUCCCACCUGAUCAGUAUAUACAACAGAAAGUGGAGAGGAAGGAGACAUCUUAUGGAUCAAUAAUAAUCCUAAAACCAAGCCCAGAGAAGUCUCUUCAGAUGCUGGAUAAUUUCUUUCUCACAACAGAUACGGACACAGCUACAAUUCAUCCUGAAACAUUAAAGCUCACAUGUGAGAGGAGAAACCCAAUUUUCUCUGAGGUGUGUAUCCGAAAUGCAGACAGUGAUUUUGACCUGAAACUUGAAAGUGAACAAAGGAGAAAUAGUAAAGAGGACACUGUCUGGGCCUGCACUGUUCGAAGAGGAGACUACAAAACUCAAAGCACUGAUCAUGAAGAUGGUCAGCAUUUUGUGGAUCGCCAUCGGACAGCUCUCAUUAACAGAGUGAGCGACAUCGGAGCCGUCCUGGAUAAGCUCAUUGAAAGGGGGCUGAUCUCAAAUGAGAACUAUGAUGCUGUAAGAGCUAAAGAAACCACACAAGACCAGAUGAGGGACAUUCUUAAGUUUCUGACUACAGCAAAAGCCAAAGACGCUCUCUAUAAAAUCCUUAAAGGGAUGAGAAGUUUGAGGGCUCUCAUCCUUGAGCUUGAGGAAUCUGAAUCUGGUUGUAGCUUCGGACAGUAAGUGGACAUUUGUCGCUUAGAUGACAAAAAACAAACUGAAUGUGAAAUUUAAUGAUGGCACAGGAGAGGACAACAAGAAGCUUAGUGUAUAUUCUGACAUAAAAUAUAUUGUGAUUUAACUAUAAAGAAAGAGGUUUCAUUUAAUAUUUAUAUACUUAUAAACACUGAGUAAGUGGACUGGAGAGUUAGACAAAAUGUUAUCCUGCAAAUGAUUUGCAUCCUCUGGUCAAACUGGUCAAACAGCAAAGUGAAAAGGAAUGCUUUUCAU